AUGAUCAAAAUGCCAAAGGGAACGCCUGUUAGAUUCGAACGUCAGAAAGAGACGCAGCGAUUAUUUGUGUCAACAGAGCGCACUUGCAUCCUCUCGGCAUCGUGGCAUUUUACGAGUACAACGUUCUUUCCAAUUGUUUUUAACUAAAAGCACAUUUUUUCAGGCAAAAUGUCUUUUCUUUGGUCUUUAAAACAUUUCGAUGCGUAUCGGAAACCAAUGGAUGACUUCCGAGUCAAAACGUUGUCUGGUGGAUUAGGUAAGACCAUUUUCGGUGUGGCAAAAAUCAAUAAAUUCCGUUUACAGUGACUUUGGUAGCCUCUAUCGCAAUAGUACUGUUGAUCGUACUGGAAACUGGACAAUUUCUGAGAACGGAAGUGCUGGAGCAUCUUUUUGUGGACUCUACGACGUCGGACGAACGAGUACACAUCGAAUUCGAUAUCACAUUCAACAAAUUACCCUGCAACUGUAGGUUUUUGCAUUGUUUUGUGUGAGAAUGGGUUGUCCAGAGAUUCUGGAACCCGAUGCAGACUUGGACAGACCAUCUUGAAUGCAAAUCGGUGUAUCUCUAACAGUUUUGACGAUAAUCCUUGCAGUUAUCACUGUGGACGUGAUGGAUGUGAGUAGCGAGGCACAGGACAACAUCAACGAUGAUAUCUACCGUCUGCGUCUGGAUCCUGAAGGACGGAACAUUUCGGAAAGCGCCCAGAGAAUCGGUGAGACAUAAUUGUUUGCAAAACUACUGAAAGAAUCAUUUGUUUUUCCAGAGAUCAACCAGAACAAAACGUCAGUACAAACUGCUGAUCUGGUUGAUGAAAUCAAGUGCGGAAGUUGCUAUGGAGCUGCCCCGGACGGAACGUGAGUGGAUAAUAUCAGUUGAUCAGCAAAUUAUACUUCUCCACUUUACCUUUCAGAUGCUGUAACACUUGUGAGGACGUCAAGAACGCUUAUGCAGUGAAAGGAUGGCAGGUAAACAUUGAGGAAGUUGAGCAGUGCAAGGUAUAAGCGUAGUUUUAACCGGUUUUGUUUGAAUUAUCGUUUCAGAACGAUAAAUGGGUGAAAGAGUUCAAUGAACACAAAAACGAAGGAUGUCGCGUCUACGGAACUGUGAAAGUGGCCAAAGUCGCCGGAAACUUCCAUUUGGCCCCAGGGGACCCACAUCAAGCAAUGCGAUCUCAUGGUAAUGCUGAUUUGCCAUUUCCAAGUUUCAGACCGAUUCCAUUAUUUGGUCGCGAGAUAUAUGUCGAAGCCGAAAAAGCCAGAAUUUCUAGGAAAAUUCGGCCAAUGAUCCGUUAUGCCACGGACCAGAUAGUAUACUCAGUCUUAGCCCGUUUUUCUUUUAGUUCACGAUCUGCACAACUUGGACCCCUCGAAGUUUGACGCCUCCCACACAGUCAACCAUAUUUCGUUCGGAAAAUCAUUCCCGGGCAAAAAUUAUCCACUGGAUGGCAAAGUGAACCAAGAAAGCCGCGGUGGAAUCAUGUACCAGUACUAUGUGAAAGUGGUGCCAACACGUUAUGACUACCUGGACGGACGUGUGGAUCAAAGUCAUCAGUUUUCAGUGACCACUCACAAAAAGGAUCUUGGAUUACGUGAGCUUCAAUCUCAUUCUAAUAUUGUACACUCACUAAAUUUUUGCAGGUCAAUCAGGACUCCCAGGUUUCUUCCUACAAUACGAGUUCAGUCCACUCAUGAUCCAGUACGAGGAAUACAGACAGUAAGUGCCCUGCUUCAACCUGAACUUCUAGUUUUCCACUCUAAAUUGCAGAUCUCUCGCGACUUUCCUAGUCUCUCUGUGCGCCAUUGUCGGAGGAGUGUUCGCAAUGGCUCAACUAGUCGAUAUUAUCAUCUAUCACUCUUCACGCUACAUGAAGAGUCGAAUGGCCGGGGGAAAACUUAUUUAA